AUGACUCAAAAUUUGAUGAAUAUGAAACGCUUUUCUCAGCGGAGGACGUUCCCAGCGGAGGACGGGUUCAAAACUUGGGAAGCAAAGAAUUACGAGAUGAUGUACAGCUUUUUGUCAAAGCAAUAUGUUCAUCAUUGCAAGCGUUCAAAAAGAUAUGGGCUUCAACCAGUAGGUAACAUUCUCUAUGAUAUCAAUGCUGUGUUUGGGGCCAAGUAUCCUUACCGGUACCCCCUCUCGAAGGACACGGUGGAAGAACACUUUAAAACAUUCUGGGUCGUCUCUCACCAUGUCUGGGAACCGAAAGAUUAUAUUUUUCAGGAGAAUGUAAUCACUGAUAUGUGGAGAGACUGGUUGCAAGGACUGGACAUGGUCGAUUGUCUGGGCAAAUUUGAUCUUUCACCCAACGUGGUGCAAAGUUGGUUUAAAAUCUUCGAGGUUCUAGCACUGCUUCCUAGGACCACAGUCGAGAACACCAUGAUUUGCCUGUUAAGCCCACCUGAAGUCUAUCGUCGAGAGUUAUAUGAUGAAGAGCUCUGGGAAUUUGGUGACGAGCUUAUGGAUUUGGACUUCAGUUGCGAGGAGAAGUUCAAUGAAGGGGUCAAACAGUUGUUUUGGCUGGGGGUUGCGGAACGAUUUGACAACGAAUGGAAACCAUACCCACAGAAAAAUAUAUCUGCCAAAGGUAUGUCAGAGACUAUCCGAUCCCACACAAGUUUUGAUCUACCUGUCAACAUUUGCAGCUGA